AGCGCGUCCCCUUCAUUCUCAGUCCGGGUACGUUCUCAGCAGGAUCGCAGAGAGCCGGAGCUCCUCACCCUUAGUCCCUGUGGUCCUGGGCGCACAUCCUUGCCCUUCUGCGUCUCCGCGGUCCUAGGAAGGCAGCUAACCGGCGGGAGUAGAAGAGCCACUGAGCCAUGGGCGCAGGCAGUUCCACCGAGCAGCGGAGCCCCGAGCAGCCGGCGGGGAGCGACACGCCGAGCGAGCUGGAGCUCAGUGCCAUGGGCCCGCAGCUGAAGCCUCGGGAGCAGCUGGAGACCCCGGACGCGGACCCCGCCACCAAGCUCCCACAGAAGAAUGGCCAGCUGUCUACUGUCAACGGCGUAGCUGAACAAGGAGAUGUCCAUGUCCAAGAGGAAAACCAGGAGGGGCAGGAGGAAAAAGUCGUUGAUGAGGACGUUGGACAGCGAGAGUCAGAAGAUGUGAGAGAAAAAGACCGAGUUGAAGAAAUGGCGGCCAACUCCACAGCUGUUGAAGAUAUCACAAAGGAUGGGCAGGAGGAGACAUCAGAAAUAAUUGAACAGAUCCCUGCUUCAGAAAGCAAUGUGGAAGAAAUGGCACAGUCUGCUGAGUCCCAGGCUAAUGAUGUUGGCUUCAAGAAAGUAUUUAAAUUUGUUGGUUUUAAAUUCACGGUGAAGAAGGAUAAAAAUGAAAAGUCAGACACUGUCCAACUACUCACUGUCAAGAAGGAUGAAGGCGAAGGGGCAGAAGCCUCUGUCGGAGCUGGAGACCACCAGGAGCCCAGUGUGGAGACUGCCGUCGGAGAGUCAGCAUCCAAAGAAAGUGAGCUGAAGCAAUCCACAGAGAAGCAAGAAGGCACCCUGAAGCAAGAACAGAGCAGCACAGAAAUCCCCCUUCAAGCCGAAUCUGGUCAAGCGGCUGAGGAAGAAGCCAAAGACGAAGGAGAAGAAAAACAAGAGAAAGAACCCAAGUCCCCAGAAUCCCCGACCAGCCCAGUCAGCAGUGAGACAACAUCUUCCUUCAAGAAGUUCUUCACUCACGGUUGGGCCGGCUGGCGCAAGAAGACCAGCUUCAAGAAAUCAAAAGAGGAUGAUCUGGAAACUGCCGAGAAGAGAAAGGAGCAAGAGGCGGAAAAAGUAGACGAGGAAGAAAAGGAAAAGACAGAGCCAGCCCCAGCCUCGGAGGAGCAGGAACCGGCAGAAGACACAGACCAGGCCAGGUUGUCAGCAGACUACGAGAAGGUGGAGUUGCCUUUGGAAGACCAGGCUGGUGACCUGGAGGCAUCGUCAGAGGAGAAGUGUGCUCCUUUGGCAACGGAAGUGUUUGAUGAGAAGAUGGAAGCCCACCAAGAAGUUGUUGCAGAGGUCCACGUGAGCACCGUGGAGAAGACAAAGGAGGAGCAAGGAGGAGGAGAAGAGGUUGAAGGGGGCGUGGUGGUAGAAGGAACAGGAGAAUCCUUGCCCCCUGAGAAGCUGGCUGAGCCCCAGGAGGUCCCCCAGGAAGCUGAGCCUGCUGAGGAGCUGAUGAAGAGCAAAGAAAUGUGUGUGUCUGGAGGAGACCAUACUCAACUGACAGACCUAAGUCCUGAAGAGAAGAUGCUGCCCAAACACCCAGAAGGCAUUGUCAGUGAGGUGGAGAUGCUGUCCUCUCAGGAGAGAAUCAAGGUACAGGGAAGUCCCUUGAAGAAACUCUUCAGUAGCUCAGGCUUAAAGAAGCUGUCUGGGAAGAAGCAGAAGGGGAAGCGAGGAGGUGGGGGAGACGAAGAGCCUGGAGAGUACCAGCACAUUCACACCGAGUCCCCAGAGAGUGCUGACGAGCAGAAGGGAGAGAGCUCUGCGUCUUCCCCUGAGGAGCCCGAGGAGACCACGUGUCUGGAGAAAGGGCCGCUGGAAGCGCCCCAGGAUGGGGAAGCCGAGGAGGGAACCGAUGGAGAGAAGAAGAGGGAAGGGAUCACUCCCUGGGCAUCCUUCAAAAAGAUGGUGACACCCAAGAAACGGGUCCGAAGACCUUCUGAGAGUGACAAGGAGGAAGAGCUGGAGAAGGUCAAGAGCGCCACCUUGUCCUCCACUGAGAGCACAGUGUCAGAAAUGCAAGAUGAAGUCAAAGCCGCUGGUGAGGAACAAAAGCCAGAGGAACCAAAGCGCAGGGUGGAUACUUCAGUGUCUUGGGAAGCGCUGAUUUGUGUCGGAUCAUCCAAGAAGAGAGCAAGGAAGGCAUCCUCUUCCGAUGAUGAAGGAGGGCCAAGGACACUGGGAGGGGACAGUCACAGAGCAGAGGAGGCCAGCAAAGACAAAGAAGCCGGAACAGACGCUGUUCCUGCCAGCACCCAGGAGCAGGACCAAGCGCAAGGAAGUUCCUCACCGGAGCCAGCGGGAAGCCCUUCCGAAGGGGAAGGUGUCUCCACUUGGGAGUCAUUUAAAAGAUUAGUCACUCCAAGAAAAAAAUCCAAGUCAAAACUGGAAGAGAAAGCCGAAGACUCUAGUGUAGAGCAGUUGUCCACUGAGAUCGAACCGAGUAGGGAAGAAUCUUGGGUUUCCAUUAAGAAAUUCAUCCCCGGACGGCGGAAGAAAAGGGCAGAUGGGAAGCAAGAACAAGCCACUGUGGAGGACUCAGGGCCAGUGGAGAUAAAUGAGGACGACCCUGAUGUCCCAGCCGUCGUGCCUCUGUCUGAGUAUGAUGCAGUGGAGAGGGAGAAGAUGGAAGCCCAGGGGAAUGCGGAGCUGCCCCAGCUGGUGGGGGCUGUGUACGUGUCCGAGGAGCUCAGUAAGACUCUGGUCCACACUGUGAGUGUCGCAGUCAUUGAUGGGACCAGGGCAGUCACCAGUGUGGAAGAGCGGUCUCCUUCGUGGAUAUCCGCUUCCGUAACAGAACCUCUUGAACACACAGGGGGAGAAGCCAUGCCACCUGUUGAAGAGGCCACUGAAAAAGACAUCAUUGCAGAAGAAACUCCCGUGCUCACCCAGAUGUUACCAGAGGGCAAAGAUGCCCAUGACGACAUGGUCACCAGUGAAGUGGAUUUCACCUCAGAAGCCGUGACAGCCAUAGAGACCUCAGAGGCUCUCCGUACUGAAGAAGUUACCGAAGCAUCGGGGGCAGAAGAGACCACAGACAUGGUGUCCGCAGUUUCCCAGCUGACUGACUCCCCAGACACCACAGAGGAAGCCACCCCAGUUCAGGAGGUAGAGGGUGGUGUGCUAGAUACAGAAGAACAAGAGCGCCAGACGCAGGCCAUUCUCCAAGCCGUUGCAGACAAGGUGAAAGAGGAGUCCCAGGUGCCUGCAACCCAGACUGUGCAGAGAACGGGGUCGAAAGCACUGGAGAAGGUUGAGGAGGUAGAGGAGGACUCCGAAGUGCUGGCUGCGGAGAAAGAGAAGGAUGUUGUGCCGAAAGGACCCGUGCAGGAAGCUGGAGCUGAGCAUCUUGCACAGGGCUCUGAGACUGGACAGGCUGCUCCAGAGAGCCUUGAAGUUCCUGAAGUUACAGCAGAUGUAGACCAUGUCACCACGUGCCAGGUUAUCAAGCUCCAGCAGCUGAUGGAACAGGCCGUGGCCCCUGAGUCAUCCGAAACCUUGACAGACAGUGAGACAAAUGGAAGCACUCCCCUAGCAGAUUCAGACACUCCAGAUGGGACACAGCAAGAUGAAACCAUUGACAGCCAGGACAGUAAAGCCACUGCAGCUGUCAGGCAGUCACAGGUCACAGAAGAAGAGGCGGCUACUGCUCAGAAAGAGGAGCCUUCGACACUACCUAAUGUUCCAGCCCAGGAAGAACAUGGGGAAGAACCAGGAAGAGAUGUUCUUGAACCUACACAGCAAGAGCUUGCUGCUGCGGCCGUGCCCGUUCUGGCAAAGACUGAGGUGGGUCAAGAGGGUGAGGUUGACUGGUUGGAUGGAGAAAAAGUCAAAGAAGAACAGGAGGUGUUUGUACACUCUGGACCCAACAGUCAAAAGGCUGCUGAUGUGACAUAUGACAGUGAAGUGAUGGGAGUGGCCGGAUGUCAGGAAAAGGAGAGUACUGAAGUGCAGAGUCUUAGCCUGGAGGAGGGAGAGAUGGAAACUGACGUUGAAAAGGAGAAAAGGGAGACAAAGCCAGAGCAAGUGAGUGAAGAACGUGAGCAGGAAACAGCCACUCCUGAGCAUGAAGGAACCUACGGGAAGCCAGUCCUGACAUUUGACAUGCCCAACUCAGAGAGGGGAAAGGCACUGGGAAGCCUUGGAGGAAGCCCUUCUCUCCCAGACCAAGACAAAGCAAGUUGCAUAGAGGUUCAAGUUCAAAGCCCGGACACAACAGUCACUCAAACAGCAGAAGCUGUGGAAAAGGUCGUAGAAACGGUUGUGAUGUCAGAGACAGGUGAAAGUCCAGAGUGUGUAGGUGCACACUUAUUACCAGCUGAGAAGUCCUCUGCAACAGGUGGCCACUGGACUCUUCAGCAUGGAGAGGACACAGUGCCCCUGGGGCCUGAGUCUCAGGCAGAAUCCAUCCCAAUCAUAGUAACUCCUGCUCCUGAAAGCACCCUACAUCCUGACCUACAAGGAGAAAUAAGUGCAUCCCAGACAGAGCGAUCAGAGGAAGAGGACAAGCCAGAUGCUGGUCCUGAUGCUGACGGCAAGGAGAGUACAGCAAUCGAGAAAGUCCUCAAGGCUGAACCUGAGAUCCUGGAACUUGAGAGUAAGAGCAACAAGAUUGUGCUGAACGUCAUUCAGACAGCCGUUGACCAGUUCGCACGUACAGAAACAGCCCCCGAAACUCGCGCUUAUGAUUCACAGACCCAGGUCCCUGCAAUGCAGGCUGACAGCCAGGGAGCCCAACAGAUGCUGAACAAAAAUGAAAGCCGCCAAGAUGAAACACCCAGUGCCGCAGCCCAGAGAGGACUUGCAAGUCCUGACCGUUCUGGAGGCAUGGGCUCGGCCUCGGAAAUGCUUGCCGCGCUUGCAGUUGAAAGCGCCGGUGUCAAAGUAAGCAUUGAGAAGCUGCCUCCUCAACCCAAAGAUCAAAAGGAGCAUGCUGCUGAUGGCCCUCAGCUCCAAAGCUUAGCCCAGGCAGAGGCCGGUGCCUCUGGAAACCUAACCAAAGAAUCCCCAGACACCAACGGACCAAAGCUAACCGAGGAGGGCGAUGCCCCGAAAGUUGAGGUCCAGGAAGAAGAAAUGUCUACCAAGUCAGUCAAAGAGAACAAGGCCCAGGCAGAAGAGGACCUGCAGGAGCCAAAGGGAGACCUGGCAGAAUCCUAAGAUGUUAGUUGCUCAUUGUACAUCUGUAAGACCAGAAUGUGAAAACAAGUCACAGAACAAGAUGCUGCUGUUGGGACCUUGAGACCAAGAUUUCAGAGCCCAUGAGAUCCAGAGAGGAGGGCCGUCCAAUGAUUUCCACCCAGUAGAGCACCCCGACAAUCCUGAGGCUUCAUCGGGAGCUAGAGCCAGCUAACAUUUCCUCGUUUCAAGACUGCCUUUGAUUUGCCCCUCAAUGCCGUCCGUGUAUUUCGGAUUUAAGGUCCUGCGUUCUCAACCUGGAACCAAUGUCUGCCAUACCUAGUUCCACUUCUCAAACUGGAGCAUCCUCCUUUAUGUAUUUAUAUGUAUGUUUUAUGUAGUCCUCCUCCUGUACCUAUUGUAUAUUUUUUUCUAACGUUUAAGCACAUGCCUUUUGUAUUAUGCAAUAUAUAACGGGUGUGCAGCCAUAGCGACGCUUUGAAAAGCUCCAAGCCUUGACUGUAACCUGCAGCAAACAGAUAACAUUCCUGGCAAGAAGAGACAAGUCUUUUUUAAAGUUUACUGAUGCUUAGAUCUGUGGGCUUCUAGUCCUCUGAAAGUGGCUGUUUUCCUAUGCACAGCGAGCUCAGAAAUAAAAACCCCAUUUUGAAACAUCCAGGAUGUCCCAAUAUUACCAUGACUUUUUUCCCCCUUUUUGCUAAUCCAGUCCAGGUUGGAAAGAAGCCUCCUCAGUGUCAGAUUAAGCCCUGUCUCUUAAUGAUAUGGACAAAUGAGUGUGCCUAAGGCCAUGAGAUGUUUCCUAAUGCAGAAGGAAUCUGUUGUACGUUUUUUUGAUUGUACUCUUCUAUGCUGGACCGAAUUCAUAUGCAGAUCGAAGUGAGUCCUGUUCUUUACAGAUGGUAUUUUGAUAGAUACUGGAGUUUGUCUGUGUUAUAUCUGUGCCCCUUCUUUAAGAACAAUGUUGCAUUAUGUUCCUUUGGAUAAAUUGUGAUUUGACAACUGAUUUAAAUAAAAAUAUUUGCCUCACUUA